UUAAACUCGUACUCUACGGCGUAACUUUCUGGUUCGACGGCUAGGCAAGGACGAACUACCAGCAAGGCAGGCGGUGUCCUUAAGUAUCUAUAAUGCUCACAUUCUGCUCAAUCUUUCUCAUCUCAUUUCGCUAGAGACCAAGAUCUACCUUGUGUGAAAGCUUACUUCGACAUCUUUAAUUGUUUUGCCAAGAUGCAUCUCCUCGUAGCACCCGUACUUGUGACACUGGCUUCGGCCGCCGUGCACACCGUCCAAGUUGGAAAGUCGGGUCUCUCCUUUGAUCCCCAGACUGUCAGCGCUGUCCAAGGCGACAGUGUUGUCUUUGAGCUCUUCCCAGGACACAAUGUCGUUGGGGGUGAUUUCGACAACCCCUGCCAGUCCGACGACGAUGACUUCUACAGCGGUCCGUACUCUGAUACCGACAGUGGCGCCAAGAAGUUCGUCGUGAACGUCACCAGUGAUGACCCCGUGUACUUUUACUGCGGCGAGUCAAAGCAUUGCCAGUGAGUUCAACCCAAAUCUGUAGGCAAACGUGACUAACACAACCAGGGCUGGUAUGGUCGGCGGCAUUAACAUUCCGUAAGUACUAUUAUCCCUUAGCGCAAG